AUGGUUAAGUUGGAUAAGGACAAAGAACUAAAGAAAGAGUAUCAAAAGGGGUUUGAUAGUUAUGAGUCUGAUCUCAUAAUAGAAGAAGUACCAAGUGAAGAAGUAUCAGGUGUGAGUCCCGUGUGCUACAUGCCACACCGUCCGGUAGUGAUGGAGUGUUUAAGCUGCCGUUGUCUUGAUUCUAGACCAUGCAGCCAACCUGUGGCUCCAUUACCUAAGGAAAGAAUGACAUCUGCUCCAUCUUUCAGUGUCACUGGACUAGAUUUUGCUGGCCCUUUGUUUUGUGCUGAUUAUCCUAGUAACAAGUUUUAUGUUCUCUUGUUCACUUGUGGUGUUACAAGAGCCAUUCAUCUAGAACUCACAGAGUCACUAUUCUUGUCUGACUGCCUCUUAGCUAUAAGAAGAUUUGUUGCUAGGAGAGGCUUACCUAGUAUCAUGUACUCAGAUAAUGCAAAGACUUUCAUAGCUGCUCAAACUGAAGUACAGAAGGUAUAUGGUCAUCUAGCCCCCAGAUGGAAAUUUAUAGUUCCUCGGUCUCCUUGGUGGGGUGGCUGGUGGGAAAGACUCAUUAGGUCAGUUAAACUUGCCUUAAGAAAGACUCUGAACCAAAAUUAUGUAAGUAAGACUGAAUUAGAAACCAUACUAGUAGAAAUAGAGUCAUCCAUCAAUUCAAGACCCUUGACCUAUGUGAGUGACGAUCCUGACUCCUCUCAGUAUCUUACCCCCUCACAUUUCCUCCUAGGUAGGGUGCCUCAUAGUAAACCCUCACAGGAUUUAGAACCACGUAUAGUAAUUUCCAAGGAUUUGACUGAGAGGGAAUGUGUGAAGAAUCAGAGGCUAGAACAUUUUUGGAAGGUCUGGAGUAAUAAUUAUAUAACCAAUUUACCUCAAGUUGUCAAAGGAUUAACUCAUAAUUGUAGUUUGUCUAAGGGUGAUCUUGUGUUGAUCAAGGAGGACAACAUUCCAAGACUGAAAUGGCCUCUUGGAGUUAUAACUGAUGUUUUUCAUGGUAAAGAUGGACUUGUAAGAAGUGUAAGGUUAAAAACAAGUAAGGGAGAGAUUAUUAGGCCUAUCCAACGGUUGUAUAACUUAGAAGUAACUAGAUCUGAUGACUUUGAUCUCUCUUGUAGGCCUAUGAUCUAUAAUAACCCUGAUGUUAAUGGAAAUUCAUGUGAUGAGGACACCAGUUUAUCUGUGGAUACUGUUAGUGAUGAUAAUGUGAUUUCUAAGACUAGAUCUGGUAGAAUAAUCAAAGUUCCUGCUAAGUUAGACUUAUAA